UCUGUCCUCUGUAAAUCGUAAAUUCUUUCCUCUGUGACAGUGUACUUCAAAAUAAAUCUGGAUAUAGUCGAUUGAACCUAAAAAGUAAUAAAUAUUUGGCAAAAAGUAACGGAUUUCUGAAAAAAUUUAGCCUGCGGUGGGCCCUUUGAUACUUUAAAAACCUAUUACUUUCUAUCACUAUGGAUUUUUUUUUAGCCCUCAUGCAACACCGGCUAAGUGCUUUUGUUUUCUAGAAAUCUUGGCGUGAGGCCGUGGAGUUUACUGUGUGAAAGUGAAUUAUACGUGGGAAAUAUAGUUUAAUCACAAAAUUGUUAUAUUUUUAAUAAUUGUUCAAUUCUAUAGUAAAUCAAAAUGAUUGUUGAUCAUGUGGAUGCAUUUAAAACUUGGUUAACAGCUGUGCUGAAGCCGAUGUGCGAUGCUGAUCCAGCAGCUCUAGCGAAGUAUGUUUUGGCACUUAUAAAAAAGGACAAAUCUGAAGACGAACUUAGGAAAAGUAUGGUUGGACAGCUUGACGUUUUUCUCGAAGGAGAAACAGAAUCAUUUGUAGAUCUGGUAUUCCAAACCUUGGAAACGAAAGAAUAUGUGAAUGAAUCAGUGAUACCAAACACAAAUCCACCCAACCCAAAUUUGGCUAAAAUAUGCAAAGAAUCCAAAAUAAUUGUACAGCCCAGUGAAUUACCAAAUCUAAAUGAUGCUGUGAAUGGUGAGUCAAAGAAGGACUUGGAACUAAAGAGAGAUAAAGAACUUCGAAAGCACUCAGAUACAGAAAGAGAUGAAAGGCUCCCUAGAAAACGAUCUCCUAUUCGUCAUCGUUCAUUAUCCAGAAAUCGUAGUAGAUCUCGUUCUAGAUCAUGGGACAGAAACAAACGAUCAAGAUCAAGAGAAAAGUCCAGAGAACGAUUAGAUCGAGAAAGACUAGACAGAGAACAACAUAGGUUAGAUCGAGACAAGAGAGACCGUACAGAUCGGCCACGUGUUUGGAGAAAUAAAUCGCCUCCAAGACGAUACGCCACUAGGAGGCCUUCUCGUACUCCUUCUCCAAUGAGAAUUAGGUCUCGUUCUAGAAGUCCAAGGCACUCCCACAGAAAUAGGUAUAGAAUUAGAUCUUCAGCUAGUCGAAGUAGAUCAAGAUCAUUAGAAAAGAAGGAUCAUAGGGAUCCACCAAAGGAUAAAGAGGGUGGUUCUAGACCAGCAACUCCAACCCAAGAUUCAAAUCAUGGUGAUUUGGAUACCAGGCUAGCAAAUAAUGCUCAUAACAUCCAAAGCGCAAUUCAACAAGGCAGUAAAAAAAGAUGCAGGGAUUUUGACGAGAAAGGUUAUUGUAUGCGUGGAGAAAUGUGCCCUUUUGAUCAUGGAAUUGAUCCAGUGGUUUUAGAAGAUACCACUCUCACUCGAGUUCUGACUUAUAACCCAAAUGGCACUCCAGCUGUCGUAACUCCAGGAGUUAUACCAACCCCCGUUCUUACUGCUCCAGGUCAUCCUAUGAUGGGGCCAAGACAUCCUUUACAGCCUGAUCAUCCAUACAAUCCUCAGGCACCCCAUAUCUGGAGGGAUGCCAGGUUUAGAGGACCGAGACCAAUGGGAAUUGCUAGGGUUCCACCGAUGGGAGCUUUUCCACCACAACCAAGUAUCAACCGGGAACUCAUACCAAUUCCUGUGAUGGACAAUAAGCCGCCAGAAAUAUAUACACCUAUAUAUAAUCAACCACCCAAUUUCAUGAACAACAUGGAUCAUGAAAAUGUGUUUAAAAAAAAAAAUUUUGACUUCAAUCGUUUAGGACCUCGUGCAAAAAAUCCUCAAAAUUGUUCUUUAGAAUUGAAAAAAGUUCCACAGGGUUUGAACAGCAUAACACAUCUCAACAAUCAUUUUUCUAAGUUUGGGAAAAUCAACAAUAUUCAAGUUCAGUACGAAGGUGAUCCGGAAGCUGCCAUAGUUACAUUUUCUAGUCACGCUGAAGCUAAUGCAGCUUACAGGAGCACAGAGGCUGUGUUGAACAAUAGGUUCAUUAAAGUAUUUUGGCACAACGUUCACAACUCAGAAGGUAAACAGGAAAAUGUUCCUCCUGGGACAAGAUCAGUUAAGGAUCGAUUAGGAGUGCAAAACAUUGUAGCUCCCAAUACUAAUAAGGUUUUAAAUUUAGUUCAACCAAGAGCUGAUAAUCCUGUUACAGAAAACUCUGACACAACAGAUAGCAAAGUAACUUCUCCAGUGACGAAAGAUGAAACCAAAGCUCAAGAAACCGAGGCGAUUAUAAAGAAUCAAGAGAUGUUGGCUACACAGGCAAAGGUCAAAAGGACUCAGGAUGUACAAAGAAAACAGGUCAUGAAAAUGCAGAAUGAUUUGAGGAAAAAGAAACAAGAAUUACUAGAGAAGCAACUGUCCCAACAAAGGAUUUUACUAGUCAAAAUGGAAAAAUUUCCUCCUGGUCCUCAGAGAGAUGUCAUCAAAGAAACUAUCAAGAAAACGCAAGAGGCCAUCGAAGCUAUUAAAAAAGAUCUAGAAGAAGCCGCCUUAGCUGCUAAAGCCUUGCCACAGAAGAAAACCAAGGAGGAUACCCAACGUGAACUGUUGGAUACUGAACUUGACUUGAUUACAAAGCAACAGGAAGGGGCAGAUACAUCAGAAAUUCAAAAAAAAUUGCUAGAACUAAGGGCAAAGGUGGCAAGUGCAAGAGGUCGAGGAAGAGGGGCAAGGAGGUAUACACCAAUAAUCAGUAGACAUUUGUUGAGCAAAAACAAUCUCA